CACCAACAUACUGUCUCACAUUUUGAUAGAUCACUCCGGAGCUAUAAACGCGUAUCAACACAACUCGAUUUUUCCUUGCUACCCGAAGAUGAGAGUGUCCAUCGCGGUGCCCUCUGCAUGCUUUACCUCCUAACUCGGGCUCUAGACCCGCAGCUGGGACGGGAGAGAGAGCAACCUCUCUUUUCUCUCAUCAUCACGAGCUUGGUGUUCCAAGGACACGGGGAGCGAGCCGACAGUCGACGACAAUAAUUGUACGGUAUUUGUGUAUCCUUUCUCAUUUAAACAAACUUCCUCAUCCUGUCUUUCACGCUGGGCACAGAAGCAGAGAGAAGAAGAAGGCUCCGCAUCGCUAUUUCUACCGUGGAAAUACAUUUGGUGGGGUUUUGUGCCCUGUCCGUAUUUGGUGAACCCUGGAUUUAGUGAACAUGGAGACGGUGGAGAAGGAGUGCGGGGCGUUAGGUGGACUAUUCCAGGCGAUUGUCAAUGAUAUGAAGUGUUCAUACCCCGUGUGGGAGGACUUCAGUGCCAAGGCCACCAAACUGCACUCCCAGCUCCGGACCACAGUGCUGGCGGCAGUGGCCUUCCUGGAUGCCUUUCAGAAGGUGGCGGACAUGGCCACCAACACCAGAGGCGCCACCAGAGACAUUGGAUCAGCUCUUACCAGGAUGUGCAUGCGGCAUCGCAGCAUCGAGGCCAAACUGCGCCAUUUCACCAAUGCUCUGAUGGAGAGCUUGAUCACUCCUCUCCAGGACAGGAUUGAGGAUUGGAAGAAGACUGCCAACCAGCUGGACAAGGACCAUGCCAAAGAGUACAAGAGAUCUCGUCAUGAGAUCAAGAAGAAGUCCUCAGACACCAUGAAACUGCAGAAGAAGGCCCGGAAAGGCCGAGGGGACCUGCAGCCCCAGCUGGAUAGUGCCAUGCAUGAUGUGAAUGACAUGUACCUGCUGAUGGAGGAGACAGAGAAGCAGGCGGUGCGCCGCGCUCUGGUGGAGGAGAGGGGACGCUUCUGCACCUUCAUCGGCUUCCUGCAGCCUGUAGUGAAUGGAGAGAUUGCCAUGCUGGGAGAGAUCACUCACCUCCAGGCCAUUAUUGAUGACCUCACUGUGCUCACCACUGAUCCCCACAAACUGCCCCCCGCCAGCGAGCAGGUGAUUAAAGACCUGAAGGGUUCAGACUACAGCUGGUCCUACCAGACCCCUCCCUCCUCCCCCAGCAGUUCUGGCUCCAGGAAGAGCAGCAUGUGCAGCCUGGCCCAGCCGCCACCAGGGAACGCUCACCGCCUCAGCAGCGUCUCCUCCCACGACUCAGGCUUCAUAUCACAGGACGCCAACGUCUACUCCAAGCCUCCCUCGCCCAUGCCCUCUGACAUCACCAGCCAGAAGUCAUCAAGCUCCGCAUCCUCCGAGGCAUCCGAGACCUGCCAGUCAGUCAGUGAGUGCAGCUCUCCCACAACGGAUUGGUCCAAGGCAGGUUCUUAUGAGCAGCCAUUGGCUGCCACGCUUCAGCGGCGGAAGGAGCCCCUGGAUAGGCUGAGGGAGAGUGAGGUAUCCCCGGGCUCCCAGGGAUAUGCUGGUGCUCACCCAGACGAUGUCCAGAGGCCCCGAAUGACCCCCGCCACCAUGGCUGCCAAGCACGGUGAAGAGGUGUCUCCAGCAGCCAGUGACCUGGCCAUGGUCCUGACCCGUGGUCUCAGCAUGGAGCAGCAGAAGAGCAACAGGGACUCCCUGCAGUACUCCAGUGGCUACAGCACCCAGACCACCACGCCCUCCUGCUCCGAGGACACUAUCCCCUCUCAGGGGUCGGAUUAUGACUGCUACUCUGUGAAUGGAGAUGCCGAAGGUGAGGCGUCAACUGACUUUGACAAGUCCUCCACCAUCCCCCGCCACAGCAACAUCGGCCAGAACUACCGCCGCAUGAUCCAGACCAAGAGGCCGGCCAGCACCGCUGGUCUGCCCAGUGGGGCCCAGGGCGGAGUGCCUGGAGGGGGAGGGGGCAUUGGGACCCCUGGGACUGCCACCAUCCGCCGAACCCCAUCCACCAAGCCGGGUGUGAGACGUACCCUGUCCAACGCGGGCCCCAUCCCUAUCCGCCCCCCCAUAGUGCCAGUGAAGACACCCACGGUGCCUGAUGCUCCUGGGGGGUACCCCGGGCCUCCGGUACGUGUGGGCAGUGAGGAGUGCGUGUUCUACGUGGCGGAUGACUCCUCCCCCAACACGUUGGAGUAUGUGAAGGCCUCUCCCAAGCGUCUGAGCCUGCCCAACACAGCGUGGGGGUCUGGGGGAGCGAUGGAGAUGAGUGUGUAUGUCCAGCACGGCUCUGAGGAGGACCAGAUGAUAGCCGCUAACCGCCACAGCCUGGUGGAGAAGAUAGUAGAGCUGGUGGCCAGUGCCCAUGCCCUUGGGGAGGGACAGUUCCCCUUCCCCAACCUUCCUGAUGACCCCCCACCUGGCCCGGCCCCCCAGCACGAUCCCCAGGCCACCGGGUCAGGCACCGACGUGCUGGUGUCAAUCCGCAGGGGUGUGCGGCUCCGCAAGACCGUCUCCAACGACAGGUCAGCGCCCAGGAUUUUGUGAUGGUCCACAGAGGAGCGGAGGGAGCGCAGCCUGCACCCACCGUGGUGCCCCAACCACUACAUACAGGACUGACUCUGUAGUAAAGAAGUGAAUAUGACAACAGAAGAUUACAAAAAAAACACGUUUUAAUUAGAAGUAAAUGAUAAAUAACAAUAAUAAUGCUGAUAAUGAAAAAGUAAACUAUGAAUAAUAAUGAUAGGCUCUGGCCACUAUAACUCUGUCGUGUCUGGGCGCAUGUUUGUUUAAUUAGCACCACCAUCACCAUGGGAUCCUCAGACUGUAUAUAGAGUUUGUCUGGACUGACUGCUGAGAGAGAGACUGUUUACAGGGACCUGUACUUCCAGCCACCCUCUCCACCUCCUCCCACAACCCCCCACUCCUCACCCAACCUCUUAC